UGUCCUCAAUAUUUUGAAUUACCACUUGUGUUCUUGUGUGUGUGAGCUUCAAAACGUGCAAAUAGCUAUAUCUACACUCAAUUGAGCUCAACCUUCACUUAGAAUCAAUUUGUGCCAUCUCCAAAGGUAAAAUCUCAAAGCUAGUUCUUCCUAGUCACAUUUUCCUAAUAAACAAGAGCUAACAUAUCUCACAAGCUAUUGAAUCUUAUCAAUCACCAUCCUCAAAAAACACCAACCAUAAAAAUCACCUCUCUAUCGAUAUUUUUAUCGGCAAAUAUUAGUAUAUUAGUUGUUAUUUAAAUCAAAAAAAUUCUACCAUCGUCGAACUUGUACUAAUUGUUUCCGAAAUUUUCUUCCCCGAGUUUUCUUUUCUCUUUCUUUAAAUUGGUUUUUGAUCAUCGUCGCCGUCAACAUCAUCAUGACCAUCUCAAUGUCUAUGUGUAGACUAAUUAGACAACCUUUAAUAAGCAAUGUUCCAUAUAGUGGCCAAAAACUCAACAUGAGACAAAUUCAAAAGGAAAAUGUAGUUUUGGUCAUGGGAGCAACCGGGACAGGAAAGUCAAAGCUUUCAAUUGACUUAGCAAAUUAUUUUCCAUCAGAAAUAAUCAAUUCAGACAAAAUUCAAAUCUAUGAAGGUCUUGACAUAGUAACAAACAAAAUUUCAAAAGAAGAACAAAAAGGAAUACCACACCAUUUACUAGCAACACAUAACCCCAACAUAGAGUUCACAUCCAACGAUUUUCGUGAAAUAUCAACUUCGGCCAUUGAUUCAAUCACGAGCCGCGAACAUCUUCCGAUCAUUGUUGGCGGCUCGAAUUCCUACCUUGAAGCCUUAGUUGAUGAUGACGACUAUAAUUUCCGAUCGAGGUUCAAUUUUUGUUGUCUUUGGGUCGAUGUUUCAUUACCAACUCUUCGUUCGUACAUAGAUCAACGCGUUGAUCAAAUGUUUAACACUGGAAUGGUUAAUGAGUUGCGACCCUUUUAUAAUCCGAACAGAGAUUACUCAAAAGGGAUACGAAAAGCCAUUGGUGUUCCCGAAUUCGAUGAGUAUUUUCGAAAGGAAAGUUUUGUGGAUGACGAAACAAAGAAAAUGUUGGUUGAAAAAGCUUUGAGUGAAAUGAAGAUGAAUACAUGGAAAUUAGCUAGGAAACAACUUGCAAAAAUUCAUUGGCUUAAGAAUGUUAAGAGAUGGAAUAUUCAUAGGUUAGAUGCUACACCUGUUUUUAAGAAACAUGGAAAUGAAGCUGAUGAAACAUGGAAGAAGAUUGUUGCAGAACCUAGUGCUAUGAUUGUGGCACAAUAUUUAUAUAACUCAAGAAAUUCUUCUAAUGUUGUGAAUUCUUCUUCAAAUCUUAGAGUGCCAAUUUCUCAGAGUGAUCUUAUGGCUGCUGCAACAUGUUAAUUAGAAGAUGAUGAAAAUUUUGUUGAGCAAAGAAAUUAUGUAUAAUAAUAAUGAUAAAAUAAUUGUUCCAUUUUUGCUUGAGGGGGUAAUAAGGACAGUUUUGAGAGAAAAUAAAUAAAAACAGUUGUUUCAUUUUUGCAUACAAAAAAUGUAUCAUCUGGGAUGGGAUCCCCCAUUCAAUGUAGAAAUUUUAGAAUAGAAACAGAGUUUUUUUUUCGGAGUUAUCUAAUUAGAAUUUACUAUGAUUUGAUAACUAAAUGUACAUUUUUUUUUCUGCCUGGUUUUGGUAUGAAGUUUUCACCGUCGUUAACGAUAAUUAACCUCUGUUAGGAAAUCUGUAGAACAUACAAGGUGGAUUUUCCCCUCUCAACUGAAUUUUUUUCAUACGCAUGAGUUAUGAAUCAAACCCCUCAUUCACAUGUAUAAGGGGAUCAAAAUUCUUAACAAUCAGACCAAUUCAUGGUUGGUAUAAAUUUUUAUAAGCACUAGCAUCGAUCAUGUCUCCGCAUAUAUGUCCCUUAUAAAGCUUUCUAAAUAAUGAUGAUGUAUCCAAUAGACCAAUACCAUAAAUAGCUACUACCUUUGUUUUAAAGCGCACUCGAUAUAUGGUGUGCCACUCAUGUAUAGGAAAAGAGAUACUACUAUAAGGAGUUAAGGACACUAUUUUUAUUCUUUCCUUUUCACUAUUACGAAGGGUCAUAUUGUUUGUGUUGUUAUUGUUUACAAAUAUACUUAUAUUAUAACAACUUCU